GCCCAUUUUACGUAUAUCAAGAGAAAAGCAGAUUCCUGUCUAAUAUCAACUAUCAACCACCCAUGAACAUGGCCAAUCCUGUUCACUUAUAGAGUAAUCGGGCUUUUGCCGUGACAAAGUCCCUGAACGAAUCCCCUUCCUCGUCCCCGUCCGGCGUACACUACACUAUUUAACUCCUUACGGACCAGAGUGUGACGCCCGAUACUAUUAUCGCUACCCCGCUCACGCCUUAAGCCAAGUCCUGUGCGAGCCUUGCAGUGCUCGAGCCUGUACUCUCCGACCCGGCGAAUCUAUCUCUCCCUGGCUUCUUUUUCACCAAUCAGCCUAUCCUCGCUGGGUCUGUGGGAGAUAUCACCUUCCUUUUAUCGAUGCCGUUGGCAAUGUGCCAGGAGACGCUGGCUCGCGUUGUCACGGUGAUGGGAAGGGGAUCAGGCUGAUACACUUACUCUCUUCAACCCUGUUCCCUCUGCAUUAGCCGAUGGCAUCCAAGAAUUGGCCCUUCCAAUGAUGAGAGACUGGUUAUGGAAUAGCGGGAAUCAAUGUGAGAGGCUUAGCCGUUGAUGGUCAGCUAUGCGCUCUGUCUUUGCUCGGUUCAAUAGUCGAUGGAGUAGGGAAUUGGCCGUUGGAUUCCCUGGAGUAAGUCCAUCUGUAAACCUCCGAGUGCGACAGCCACAGCAGAGAAGCUCCGAGUGGUCACUGGAGCGUCUCCCCGCUUUCUUUCGUGCUGCAGAAAUGUUCCGCAUCGCGUCUUCGCUGUUCGCUCUUCUGCCCAAGUUGGUUGCCUUCCUCCGGACACUCUUCGGGCCUCCUCGAACCAUGAGCUUUGACCAUUUUGUAUAUACAGAUGAAUCGACACUGUGUGGUUGUGAAGUCUGUCUGCCGUUUACCAUGUCAUCACCUCCAACUUCCAAACGGAUCAAGACAUCAACUUCUUCCAGUGCUCCAUCACCUCAUCACCAUCACCAUCAUCACCUUCUUCUAGCACAGCAGCAACAACAACAGCAGCAGCAACAACAACUUCACCCCUUCCCGAGGUCAGCUCCUUUUGAGGGCAUCCCUAUGUCCCAAGCUCAGAUUCCUGCACCUACUACAACGACCAACUCACGCAAACGUCGUUCUUCACUCCAGUCAGGCCCUACACCGACCAUGGCUGCCCCCGUCAAUACCGCUGCUGGAGCCAAAGCCGAGCAGGACCCCGUCUCCGCCCUGAACGUGCCCGAGCACAGUCCGAAGAAAAAGGGACGCACCAACACUCCCUGGUCUGCAGAGGAAGAGCAGAGAUUAAAGACUAUGCGGGAUGCUGGUCGUAGCUGGGGCGAGAUUGUAAAGACUUUCCCGAAUCGGACCGAGGGCAGCGUGAAAAAGCAUUGGUAUAAGGACAUGCACUAUGCUGAAUUUGCUGAAGACGAGUCCGCCGCCUUGCGCGAGGCAAUCAAGGAAUACGAAGCCAACAAGUGGAAAGUCAUCGGACAGAAGGUCGGGAAGCCGGCCAAGGCAUGCGAGCAGUAUGCGAAGGAGCACUUUAAAGCUCUCUAACCAAGUUCCGGGCUUGAUUCCACCUUACGAUAACGAAAUUAUGUUACUUCAACGACGGAUCUUGACAUGAUGAUUUUGGCAACAGUGAACAUGGACAUGAUACAUACUAGCACCGGGAAUAUGGCGAAUUUUUAAUUCUUUCUUCUUCGGGUCUUUUUUUCUUUUUUCCUUUCUUCUUUUCUUUUCAAAUGGAAAUACUUGGGUAGGUGGAGUUGGAAGUUUCUUUAUUUAUUUGUUUUUUAUUUCUUUUACAUCAUUGUCCUGCUGCACCCUCUCCCCCUUCCAUCUUUUUAUGUGAGAUAGGAAGGGAAGAUGGGAGGUACUGCCAUGCGCCAUUAUUUUUCAUACCCCGGGCAGAAUCAGAUUUUAGUUUGUUGGUCAGGUUAGGUCGAAACAAAUACACUUGACUUUAUUUAGGUGCCA